GUAGUCAGUGGAGCAGCAGCGAGGAGACCUCCCCCCUCGCCGGCCAGCGCAGGGUUAACGUCUGCUCCGUAAAAACUCCCGCCGAAGAAUCCCCCUGCAGCCACGGGGGCGAGGGCUUUAAAUACCGAUUUUGACAGGGUGGCGUUUCUACUCUCAACGCGCAGCGAAAUCGGCCAAUCGCACCCCCCGAAAAAACCAGAGAUCUCCCACUCCUCCGUACAGGCAGUUUGCGAGCGCGUUUCCUGGCGCACGCAGAGAAGAUGACCGCUCACAGAGCCCUGCUCUUCUGCUUGAUGUGCGCGUCGUGCGUACCGUCCUCCGCGGCCAGUCAUUCCAGCCGCGACUCGCAGCACAGACCGGAGACCGACCGGGAGCACUCACUCAGGGAUGAAGUCCGCACGGAGGCUAAGAAAACAAAGAGAGAGGUAGUCCUUGCCGCGGGGUCGAUGGCGGCCGACAGCCCGGGCGAGGAGGACAGCAGCCCGGAAAUCGAGCUGCCCACGUGUCUGCUGUGUGUGUGUCUGACGGGCUCGGUAUACUGUGAGGAGGUGGUCCCGGACAUGACCUCAGUGCCCCCCCUGCCCAAAGAGACGGCCUACCUGUACGCUCGCUACAACAAGAUCAAGAAGAUCAAGGCAAAAGACUUUGCAGACAUCGUCACGUUGAAAAGGAUCGACCUGACAGGCAACUUCAUCUCGGAGAUUGAAGACGGUGCCUUCGCAAAACUAAAGCUGCUGGAAGAACUCUCGCUUGCCGAGAACAAUCUUGUGAAACUCCCGAUGCUGCCAGCCAAACUGACAUCCUUCAACGCUAAUCACAACCGGCUCAGGACCGCAGGAGUGAAGGCUAACAUUUUCCAGAAACUCACAAAACUGGCAUACCUCUUCCUGGCCGACAAUGAACUGGAGGCAGUCCCACAUCUCCCAGAGACUGUGCGCACUGUCCAUCUACAGAACAACAACAUCACCACAGUCAGCGACGAAACCUUCUGCAAGGGCAACAACACCCACUACAUCCGGCCCAACAUUAAUGAGAUCCGAAUGGACGGGAACCCGGUCGUCCUGAGCAAGUAUCCCAACAGCUUCACUUGCCUGUCCUCGCUGCCCAUUGGCCGAUACUCCUGAAACAACUCAGUAGAGGAAACAAAGGAAAUCGCAAGCUAAUUCUCCACAAGUUUUAAUGGCCACAAAACUGCAAUUUUCAAAUGAAAUUUUGUUUUCUUUUCUUAAUAGUUUUCACUAUUAACCAAGCCUCUGAAUUAUCUGGUUGGGUUGGGUAUUGUGACAUUUUGCAAUAAUAUUUCAUGUCACGUGUCUGAAUGAAUAGCAGUUUUUGUCCAUGUAAUUUAAAUGUAAACGACUGGCCAUGAACUCAGACAACAGAUCUAAAACACGAGGGCAUAUAACCUCAUCCUCUUUCUACUUCAUGAAUUAAAUCUCGGGUGUUGAGCUGGCCUCCCAGCUUUCCCCAGAACUCUGUGAAUUGCCUUCAUUUAAACUGUUUGCAAUCGUAUAAAACAUAAAAAGUACCUGACAUGGGUAGGAGGGGAUGAAAACAAACUCGUUAUCUAGCAGUCCAAGUCUUUUGAGGUUUUACUUGAAACAGAAUAGUGUAAUGAAUGGAAAUUAGCCAUUGUAGGCUUCCAUUCAGUAAAAGGUCCCGCUUCAAAAAAGGUUAGGCAUUGCUUGCCGUGAUUAUACUUAACCUGCGAUGACAUAAAAUGCAAUAGUUUAGGGAUCGCUUCUACCUACGUGAACCCACAGACCAAUCCGUGUAUGGCUGUACAGCACAGCU